AUGCAGGAAAAAGAAGAAGAAGAAGAAGUAGAGAGAGCGUUUCAUUGGUCUCUCCUGUCGACCUCUCUGUCUCCUUCUCAAGUUCAACCUCCCUCUCUUUCUCGGAUCGGCAUCAACUCGUUUCUCUACAUGAUUGUCCUUGGUAUAAAGUUAGGGAUGAAACCAAAAGAUGCAAUCUCCAAAGUGAAAACUCUCUCUGAUGUUGAGGGUUUGUGCGUAUCUUUUGCUAAUAGCCGUGAUUCUUCUGAUCCUGUGCUCGCUGUUAAGGAAUUUCUGACUGAGGAACCUUAUAAAGCUGAAGAUAUUGAGAAAAUUACAGAGGAAAGUCUCACAUCGAUCUUGGGUAAUUCACCAACUUCGUUAGCUGUACUUAGAGCUGCGAAGCAUUUUAAGCUAUUUCAGGUACUCUAAAUGAAGGGGCUGCU